AUACCGGAAGUGCCGGGGCGACGUUGUGACGCUCAGGCGGGUUGCCAUGACGACGCGGGGCUCGGGUCGUCAUGGCGACACCGGGGCUGGUUGACGUGGGCGGAGAUUGACGUGGGGCGAGUCACCAGAAUUGACCAUUUUAAAUGGACCUGGAAGUAAAAGGCAUUGGCACAACGUCAAGGCAUGGAACCCGACAGAAAUCUGCACAGGGUUGGAGGAUACAUUCCAGUGCUGCCUAUGGUCCUCGUCCUGAUGAUGUGCCUAUGUUAGAUUUGGGGAGACUUGGUGAGUUUGAUGGUGAGAGUGAUUUGUUGUAUACACCUAUUGUGACAGAGAAACCUUGUUUGAUUUCCCCGGAUUCUACCUCGACUGUAAACCGGGGCACACCAUUCCCAGCUUCACUUUCAGCACACCCAUCUCACCGUCGGCCAAGUCUGGUUGAAGAGUUGAUAGUUCCUGAAAAUCUACCUGCACCUUCAGAGAGGUACAGGAUGAAGUAUCAGCAGUAUGAGGAGGAGAUGAAGACAAGUUACAAGCAAUAUGUCCAGCAGAUGGCAGAAAAGAGCAAAGCAAUUCCUACACAUCAACAAACCCCACCAGCAGGGCGCCAGACCCAGGGACCAAGAGCUGAUGAAAUAACAUCGAAGGACUUGACAUCUCUUGAUGAGAAAGUUAGCCUUCAGCAGUGUUACACAAGCAAACCAUACAGCGAGCAGCAACACAUGAGGAAGUUGGCAGCUGAGGAUCGUGCAGUGGAAAAGCAGAAACAGGCUGUGGUGGAACAAGUGCUAGCGGAUCACCUUUCCAGGGCCGUCAUCAGUGACCCUGGACAAGAUGGACAAGCCGCAGAUCUGAGGCAUCAGCAAACCACACUUCCUGGCCUUGGAUCCACACCGCUGCGUUUCAGAAAUAGAAAACUACAUCAAACCGAAGUGAAGACAAGUUCAACAUUGACUGAAAAUCUACUCUCGAACAAGUUGCGAUUUGACGCCCGGAUUAUUUCAAAAAAUGGACGGGAUGCAUGCAGACAACUAAUUGGUUUCUUCUUUGCAUUCGACAAGUCCCUCACAGUGUAUGAAUAUCGCCAGUUUGGGAAAAAUAGGACAAAUGCUCUUCCAUUAAUUCAGAGAGGCGUUUACUGUCAUCAUUACGGUAGGCGAAAGGGAAGACAAUAUGACAUUGGUGAUUUCUGUACGGGUGCAAACCUGACCUUUCUGACAACAGAACAUGUUGGUCUCCCUGCAAGUGUCCAGGCAAACCAGUUACUAACGCUACGGAUCACCGGUGUUGAUGAACUGGCAAAGCACGCAUUGCUAACAAGUGGCAAUCCUUCCUUGAGUAAGCAAGAACUUGAUGACAGAAAUAUCCUUCGGUCUACACAAGCAUUGUUGAAAGAAAGACUGAAGAACAGAGGUGUCCGCACUUUGACAGGACUGGGCAAAUUGCUCCGGCAGCGGGAUUCAAGUGGGAAUGGAGUGCUGGUUAAAGGGGAACUGCAACAAGCUCUGAAGGAGUUCCAUUUAGAGCUUCCUAAUGAGGAUUUUGAGUCUAUUUGGUUAAUACUGGACCAGGACCGCAAGGGCAAAGUGGACUACAACCAGUUUAUCCAGGCCUUCGUUGGAGAAAUGAAUGAGUUUCGAAAAUCAUUUGUUCGUAAAGCUUAUAUGAAGCUUGAUCCAAAUAAGACUGGCAGCAUCUCGGUGAAUGAUAUUAGCAAGUUCUAUAAUCCAAAGAAACACCCUAAAGUCUUAUCAGGUGAAUCCACAGAGCAGCAAAUCCAGUCAGCAUUCCUGGACACCCUCCAGCAGGGCUCUGCCAGCUCCAAAGAAGUGACUUACUGUGAAUUUGAAUCCUAUUACGAGGGGCUCAGCCUCGGGAUUGCAAAUGAUGAGGAUUUUAGCAACAUCUUGAGAAACUGCUGGGGGGUUUGAGACUGAGGGCAAACUGGGUCAAGUCAGACGGACCACGACUACGGAGCAAGUUUUGUGUUGAUGUGCCACUUAUUAAUAAUGCCUUAAACCUGGCUACAGCACAGAACUCUGAUGCAACACUGCAAAGAGCUUUGACGUUUACGUCAGCCAUAGUUUAGCUCCAAAGAAAGACACAAAGUGAUGGAGUAACUCUGCGGGUCAGGCAGCAUCUCCGCAGAACGGAUAGGCGAUGUUUUGGUUCGGGAUCCUGCUUCAGAUAGAUUUCAGGAGGGCAGAAAAGAAAGCUGGAAUAGAGAUGGGGCAGGAACGAGCAUGGACACAGCAUGUAACAAAAUAUAUGCAGGAUUCAAGGAUUUGGAUCAAUGAAUGGAGAAAGCACGUCCUAAAGAGCAAAAAAAUAUUUAUUAAAGCAAAAUACAAGUAAAAUACAGAAAAAACUAUCAACUAACUGUACAAAAUAAACGCCCUUCUUC